AUGCUGAAAGGUGAGCGGUCACACUGCAUACAAAUGAAGAUCAUAGACAGAUCGUUACAAUUGCCGAAAGAUAAAAGAGAGGUAGAGAGAAAACGAAGACACUGUUGGGAAGCAGAGACACUAAUCAAAGAAAACAACAAUUUUCAAUCCUUCGUGCUCUCUUUAGAACGGGCCACUUCUGUCUUCUGUCUUGCGGGUGUGAAUGCUGGAUCUGGCAGCAACGGAGAUGGCGAUGCGAGUGGUCUUCAAGAGAUUUGGUCGCCGCGAUGGGUGAUAGUUGAUCGGAAUCGUAGCAACAAAAAAAUCUCCCGUUUGAUCAGUCAGUACCUCAAGAGCAGCCACACUAGAUCCACCCAACGCCUUUGCUCGAUGCGGGUGAUGGGGGUUUGA